AUGCACUCUGCACCGCUCUGCCAUCUCCUUCUCUCGUCUCCUCGUCCCGCCCUCGUUCUUGCGCCGGACCCGACCCCAUACCCUGUGCCGCCGCGCAGCCGCACCGAUAGGCCGUGCUACCGAGCCGCUCGCGCUUCCUUGCACGUCUCACCACCACCACCACCGCCUCUUUCUCGCUCUCACGUCACCGACUCUCCGCCUUUCUUUCUGACCGACGCCGGCGACGCACGCUUGUGCAGAGUCAGCGCUGCGGCCAUGCUCUCCGAGGCCGCGGGUGCGCGCCUCUCCAAGCCUCGUCCGCCGGGCGUGCGGCGGCCCAGCGGCCGCCAGCAGGCGUCGCUCGCCGACGAGCAGGCAUCGCAUGCGCCCAGCGGCUCGGCGACGCUGCAGCCCUCGCCGCUGCUCAAUCGCGCCGUGCACUCGUCGCCCGGCCGCGCCUUUGACCGCGAUCUGGACCUCGACCUGCCGGUGGACCUCGCCGCGGCGCUCGGCCGCACGUCCUCGGCCUGGCCGGCACACCCUCGCCGCAGGUCGUCCACCGCUACUGGCGAGGCGGCACCUGGCUCGGCGGCAGGGUCGCCGCGCCGUUUGACCGCGGAAACUCCGUCCGUCGGCGGCAGCUUGGGCCGCAGGCUCGGGCGCAAGCUCUCGCGCGCCCUGCUGAACGCUGCGGACGAGCACGGCCAGACGGCGCCGGACUCUGACGGAGUAGAGCUGCCGAGUCUCAGCUUGCGUUCCGAAGACCUGCGUUCUGACGACACGGUGAAGCCUGGCUACGCAGAUGAGUGCGAGCUCGGGGCGUCGUCGGACGAAGAGCUGGACGAGGAGUGGGUGGGCGGCCUGCCGCGCGAGGAGCUCGAGGCGCUGCUCAAGCAGGCAAACCAGGUGAUCCGCGAGCGUGAGCGCGACCUUGGCAUCGCGGCUGCCAUCGGCAAGGCGCUGCUGGACAAGAACAUUAGCCUGCGCAGCAAGCACGUUGGCAUCUUGACGCGCCUCUCGAGCACGAUCAACCUCAAUGAGCAGGCCACCUACUCGCCGCCGACGACGGACAUCGAUUGCAACUCGCAGCGCGGCGACCUUGACGACGAUGAGACGCCGAUGCCCACGCCUACGCUCUCAGGCGACUAUUUUGCCUCGCAGCAGGCUGCAGCACCGUCGCGUAGUCGCGAGCACUCGCAUGCGUCGCCCCAGCGCCGGCCGGCACUCGACUCGGUCUUUGCGCGCCCGAGGACCCCUGAGGGCCGUUCCUGGCAGCCGAGCCAGGCUGGUCUAAUUGCGUCGGGCUCGUCCUCUCCGGCCAACAGCCAGCAGUCGACGGCCUCAAACCGCCACCGCAAGACGUCCUCCACCCUCUCGUCGAACGCCAUCGCCGCCGCCGUCGCUGCCGACGCCCAGCGCCAGCUAGAGAUGCUCAGCGGCCAGAACGACGUUCUCCUCGCGCAGCUGGCUGAGCUGCAGGACGAGGCCGAAGAGGCCAAGGCGGCCGGCAGCCGGCGUCUGCGCAAGCUGAACCGCGAGAUCGAAGGCCUGCGCGGCGAACUUGAGGCGGCGACGAACCGUAACGACGAGCUCGAGCGCAGCGGCGAGACCGAGUCGACGGACAGCGGUGCCGAGCAGAAGCGCAAGCAGUGGCGCCGCCGCUCGCGCAACGAUCUCUGGAGCAUGACCGACCUGAGUGGCAGUCCGCGUGUCUCGGAUGGCUCUCUGCCUUCCACGAGCCCUUCCUCCGCUCGGCUCAGUGCCAUGCUCAAGGCCGACACGGAGCGCCUCGGCGGCGCGACUGGCGAUGAGGCUGGCAUGCCGCCGUCCGUCUCGUCGGCCAUUCUCGGACAAGCACAUGGCGAGAGCGCCAGCGAGCGGGCGCUCGUGGCGCAGCUUCUUGCCAAGAUCAAGGAGCUCGAGGACACCAACGCCGCUCUGGCGCAGGCGGGCACCGAGAUGGACGGCAGACUCGGUCGCGCGCUGCAGGAGGGCGAGCGCAUCCGUGAUGCCUACGAUGCCGUCGAGGCGAGCUCGGCGUACGGCGGCGAUGAGACGUUCAACGAGACACAUCACUCGCUUGGUGGUCUGAGUCCCUCGGCGCUGCGUCGACGAGCUGCUGGCAAUCGCCAUAUCAUCGAGGGCCGCCGCACCAUCCGUGCGGCGCUGCGCCGUGAGGCAUCCCAGUCGCCCGGCGACAUCUCGCGCUCGAACACCGGCUCGUCACUGGCAAGCAGCGCCGCCAGCAGCGCCGCCUCGUCGCCGCGCGCCUUCCGCAAGGGUCGUCUCGGCAGCGGCCUAACUCGUCCUCGCAUUCUCAUUACGCCUAGCAUGGAGGAUCUUGCCGCCCGUCGCCGUCAGGACGCAGAGUGGGAGGAGCAGCAGCCCUUUAGUGCCGGCUCGCUUGGCCCCAACGACGCGCGCAAGUACGGCGCCACUGUCUCGCGCAAGCUGCGCCGCGCGUCCAGCAGCGGCAGCAUGGCCAGCGAUGGUGACGGCUCGCGCUCGAGCAUCGAGCUGCCCAUGCACGGCAUGUCCGCUUCGCCCAGCGCCGACAGCUCGAUCGACGAGGCGAUGAGCGAGUCCGCCACAUCUGUCUGGAACGGCCGUCAGACGCUCGGCAGUGAGCUUGGCGACACGUCGCUGCAGAUGACCAGCGAGCUGGCGCACUGGACCCAGGCGGCGAGCGGAGCGCAGCCGGGAAACGACAGCGACAUGCAGCUCUCGGAGCUUGACAAGCCUGCCUCAAACUGGUCGCCAGCGCGUCUCGGCCGCCUGCUGCGUCCGAUCGCCAGCUCUGCCAGCUUGCGCGCUCCAAGUGAGGCGGCCGAGUCGGACAUUGCCGACCUGCGCUGGUCCGUCUCGAGCACCAGCACCGUCGUUGCCGCGCCGCAGCGCCUGCUGACGGCCGGAAGCGACGCUGACCAGAUGCUCGUGCCGAGUCUCGACUUCGAGCUGCAGCGUCAAUUGUCUCCUGCCGCCGACGGCGAGUGGCCGGACCCGAACGAGGAGCUCGUCCCUCGCGGAGCGCUUCGCGACGACGUCAUGACGAAUCACGAGUCGUACGACCUGCUCGAGAGCGCCACGCGCCUGCGUCCGGUGCACUGGGCCGACGACGACGACUUCGGACAGCCCAUCACCGAGUCCGAGGCGCGCCGUCUCGGUCUGCUGGCUGCGGCCAAGAAGUCGCGCACCAGCCUGCUCGGCUGGGUCAAGAAGAGCGACUCGGCAAGCAGACGCACGGGCAAGGGCAAGAUGCGCGAGGGCCUUCCGCCGUCCUCGUCGUAUCGGCAGAUCGAGAGCGCCGAGCAGAUCGACGCGCGCGGCCGUCUCACGGACCUGCUGCGCCAGAAGCGUCUCGACGGCCUCAAGGCACGCGUGCUGGCCGGCCAGAUGGACGCCGACAAGGCCGUUGCGCUCGGCCUCGACGCCGAGGACGCCGACUCGGCCAUGGCGCGCUCUCUCGACCGCGAAGCCACCGCUCGCGCCCUCGCCAUCUCGCCUGCUCGGCACAGGCGCGCCAUGCAGCAGCGGCAGUCGCCACAGCAGCAGCAGCAGCGCAGCGUCGGCCGCCGUGUCGGCGCUGCCAUGAUCCGGCAGCAGUCGUACGGCUCGCCCAGCAAGGGCCAGGCGACGUCGAGCACCCUUGUGCGCCGCCGUGGCGAAGCGUCCGACGCAGAGGACAAGACGGGCGGCUCGUCCGACGAGCAGUUUGAGCUACUCGACCUCGACCCGAACCGCCAGCCUUCCCGCCGCGGCAUGAACUUCUUCCCUGUCGACACGCGCGCCCGCUACAAGCCGGAGAUGGUCAAGCAGCGCGUCAAGGUCGCCAGCCACGAUGCGGCCACGUGGGCGACGACGUGGGUCAGCUUCACCCUCAUGGUCGUCUUCGCGUUCCUCGUCACCAUCCGUCGCGGACCCAAGCAGCUGGGCAGCGGCGGCACGAACUCGGCCAUUCUCCCUCCCCGUCCUUGAUGCACGCCGGGCGUCCCUUCGAUCCACGAGCAUCUUCUCGAAUCCCUCACGAACCCUCUCACGCAUAGAUGAUACCGCGCUUCUUCGCAAGCCUUCACGACAUCUCCCCUUCCCGAUUCUGUGGCUCCCGCGUCACGCCCCACGAGUCAUUCUUAUUUGGCGUCCGUCGCCGCGCGGCGCACUCGCCUCUGGCCUGCUUCCAGCGCCAGUGGUGCAGCGCCUGCGCCCGCGUCCCGUCACCCUCGGCUCCUCUCAGCCCGGCCAGCACCUCAUUACCCCAGACACAUCGUCUCUCCCCCGCAAUUUACAUCGCCGUGUGUGAAGAGCUGCGUGCGCCGCGUGGGUCAUCGUGCAUUGCUCUCCGCCCAUCGCCCGACUUCGACCUCGCACACCUCCUCGAGCAGCUUGCCGCUGUGCGGUCCGCUCUCGACGACGUAGCGCCA